AGGAACCAGCUGACCGGCUGCUCGUCUCAAUUGGCUGCCGUUCGGUGAGGAGAGAAGACGCCGGUGACCUGUGCGUGGCCGGUGCAGACUGCAACAUGAAGGGCUUUCAGCUCGUAGUCGCUGCCGUACUGCUCGUACUGAGCGGGAAAGGGGCCGAGUGCUCAGAUCCACGCAUCUUAACAAGUUCCCCAGAUGCACCCGGUGAAGAGAUUCUAAUGUGCAAUUUGACAGACCUUUCUUUUCAAAUAUCUGGCCACGAGUGGUAUAAGGGGGAUAAGCUUGUCCAUGAAGACAAAGAUGGCUCUCUGAUAACAACGUAUAACAUUACCAAGGUGAAUGUAGAGAGCUCUGGACAAUAUACAUGCAAGUUCUUGACUGUUCCUGACCUUAGUGGAGUGAUUAAUGUCACAGUCCCACCCCAUGUAAUGGCGUAUAAGAAAUCGGAGCAUGGCAAUGAGGGAGACACAGGAGUUAUGACUUGUAAAAGCAACGCUUAUCCUCUUGUAGAGCAAUGGAUGUGGUACCGGGUGUCUGAAGAUGGCAGUGUCCAGGCCAUAGUGAAUGGGACAGAUGAACGCUAUUUCAUUAAAUCUGCUGGAAAUAAGACAGAGCUUCGCAUUCACCAACUAGACAUUGAGAAAGAUCAGGGUGACUAUAUCUGUAAUGGGACCAAUAUGCUGGGCACCACAGGAGCCACUGUUGCUCUUCGUGUACGCAGCCGUCUUGCUGCACUCUGGCCUUUCCUUGGUAUUGUGGCAGAGGUUAUAAUUCUAGUCACAAUUAUCUUCAUCUACGAGAAGAGGAGAAAGCCUGACGAGGCUCCUGAAGAUGAAGAUGGCGGCUCUGCCCCUCUGAAAAGCAAUGCUGGCGCAAACCAUGAGACGGUGCGGCAGAGAAAUUCAAGCUGAGCUGUGGAUGAACAGAUGAAUUGAAGAUCGCAUUAUUGAAUAAGCUCUGGUGUUACGCACGCAGUUGAAGAAUUCCCUGUCCCCUUGAUAUUCUACACGGCAACAACCAAUCCUAAUUGUUUUUAUUUUCUAUCAUGUAAAACAGUUUUUAUGCUUGAUACAGAAACCAUGUCCUUUGCCAGAUGUACAUGUGGUUUCAGUUCUGCAGACGGCUGCUUGUUGUGGCUGGGCAGCAGCUGCCAAAUAGGAUUCUUAUUGGCUCUGGGUAUUUAAGAUUUAGUAGGAUCAGCCUUAUAAACUUUUUGUUUUGUUGUAGCCUGUUGAGGGCAUGCAAUGUUUGUGCAAGACAGGACUAAUGCUUUUUAUUUUUCAUGUACACGGGGAGGGAUAAAGCAGAACUUUUUAGCCCGUGGUCCACAACCUGAUGUAUGUUUUUUUUUUUGUAUCUUUUUGAAAGUUUGACACUGGAUUUGUAAAUUUGUGUCUGAAGAGAAAUCACAUCAAUAAAAACGUCCCACCUUUUA